AUGGGCUCCGUUUGCGUUUUCCUUGUGUGCCUUACACUGAUUUGCAUUAUCAAUGCUUUCAGGCGUGUUGUGGAGAUACAGUAUGAUGAAAACGGUAAGCCGUUUAUCGAGUUUGACGGUAGGAGAUAUGAUCAGACUGGAGGCAAGACGGUCACCUACAUAGACGAUGAUGGUUGCAUUACCACACUUUAUCUGGAAUGGCCGGAUGAUCCGGAAAACACAGUUGGAGCGGUACAUGUGAAUGCAUACAAAUUAUGCGAUUAA